AUGGGACGCCUCAAGUCCGCCGCCACGCGGGUCGCGGCGCGCGCGGGAAAGCGAGCAGACGGCGACGGAUCUCCAGAGGAACUCAAUGGCGCGGGAGACGGGCAAGCAGGAGUUGACGCAGGGGCAGGAACCCUGGCGAGUCGAUUCGUCCUUGCCGGCCUUCCGGACUCUCACCCGGACGUCCCCGGAGCGCGUUCGGACGCAGAAACCUACGGCCAGAACCGGAGCGUGGAGCGUCCCGACUUCCUGGCCUCGACCAAGUUCCGCGGCCGCUCGGCGCGGCUCUCGCUCAAGUCGAGCGUAUUGGGCGACGACUGCCCGACGCAGCUGCGCACUGCCGGCGUGUCUGGAGACCCGGGAAAAGGCGAGGAGACCGAGAGUGCGGCGGGAGGCAGCCUCGCCGCGGUGGCGAGGCUGUGCACGUCUCCCCGCGUGCUGCGGGGCCUCGAGUCCGGCCUCUCGCUGUUGGCAGUUGCGGCUUCACCGCAGGCUGCAGGACCGGAGAAGUCGCGCCGAAACCUAAGCAACAAGCUGAGCUUUGAAACGGUCCGACUUGACUCCCGCGGAGGAACAGUCAUGGGCACGGCGUCUCGGGCCGGCGGAAGCGUCGUGAACGGCGACGGCGGUCUGCGGAUCCAGUCCUUUGGCGUGGAAGACGAACCCGACAGAUUGAUGUCGAUAAAGAUCCGCGGAGUCGCCGACAGCAACUUCGCAGCAGAGCGAAGCGGCAGCGCGAAACGCGGCGUCCCUGUCCGAGUGGAAGGCUCUCUGGUCGACGGAGGCGCCGAGCUCGGGCGCCGCGCAACCAACGAGGGUCUCGACUUGGCCGAGAAAAACAAGGAGCGAAACGCCACGCUGGAAGUGGAUGACACUCCCUGGCACCACCGCGGCACAGGCAGACUCGAGGCGCUCUACCUCAAAUGGUCCAAACACUCUGUCUACAAAUUCUUCUCGGAAGAGGACCGGAAAUAUUUCGACAUGGCUGUCACGGGGAUCCCUUGCUACUUUUCGUCGAAGAACCUGGAGCGGUCCUACGCGCUCUACCGCUGUCCGGCGCUGUCUGGGUAUUUGCUUCUCUUCCACGCUGCGUGGAUCUUCUGCACCUUUCUGAUUUACUGCCUGUGCGUGCUGACGCGGCCCGGCGUGGCGAGCAGCCGCCGCAUGGUCGUGCCGUUUGUCGUCUCCUGGGUGAUUUCCGCCAUCAGCAUCUUCGUCGUGUUCCUCUGGAGGCGCACGGGAGGCACCUCCGUCGAGCGCUUCAACCGCAAAGAGAAGGCGCUCCGCAAAGCUGAAGAAGGCGCCAUCCCGAUGUACGAGGCGUACCACUGGCGACCUUGCUUCACGGAAGACUUUGGAACCGCAUCCAUUGGAAUGACGACGAUCUUCCCUAUCGCCCUUGGGGCGGUAGUCGCCGUGUGGAUUGGCUUCAAUCCGUACAUCAUCCACGACUACGGCGAGUCGACUUCCCGCCUCGCGCCGCCGCUCCUCGACACUUCCUUCGGUCUCGCGGGCUUUGUCGCGUCUCAGGGAUACCUCGCCUUCGCGGUUCUGUUCAUCACGGCAACGAUUUUUUCCUCGGGAAUCAGGCUUCGCAAGAUCCUCUACGUGGCGAUAGGCGUCAUGGUGGCCAUCACUGCCGCUCUGGUCGCCUUCGCCUUUGCUUUUAAAGAUCACUCCCUGUACCUCGCUUCUGUCUUCUACACGUACAGCGUUAUUCCGGUGGCUCUGUACCACGCUAUGAAAGGGGAGCGUCUACGUCGUUUUCUCUUCUUCCAGCGCGAGCGUGCACGGUAUGGACAAGACAUCGGCGCGGAGGCCACUGGCGCGUCUGGUUCGGCGACUCUCGUGGAAGAACUGAUUUUGUUGAUUAACGAGGCAGGACUCAAGAUUCGGCGGGCUCGGAAGAAAAUGAAGUACAAGAAAUGCACCGAUCUCAUCGAGUCCGAGGGAAUGCUCAUCAGGUGCUUGAUGAUUCUGACUGCUGGCGAUGAUCUCUUUGCGCUCCGCAUUGGCGAAGGGGACGGCGACGCAGGCAUCCGCGAGAACUUGAUGGACAUCAUCGGCGCUCGCUCACGCGGAGAGGGCACGACAUCUCGGGGGAUUGUCAGCACUGGUCAACUGACUCUCUCCGCCUCGGCAGCUUCCGACGACGAUGACGACCUUAUGACAGAUUUCACAAAAUCCUCUGACUUGGGCGCCCAGGAAAUGACGAGCUUCCACGUGAAGUGCCCGGAGGACUUGUGGGCCAUUGUCGACAUUCGCGAUCCGCAAUCAGAUCUCGCCUACAGCGCCGACAACCGCGAUGGAACCAAGAGAAAAGGGGUCCAAGACGCAGGAAACAUCUUUUUUUCCCAUUUCCCGCAGUUCCCUGCUGCUCGCCUGCACGUCAUGCUUUCGCGGAAAGUUAGCAUCGAGUGGAACUUGAGCAUGAUCGACGUGGACCAGCAGUGCAAGGGCUGGUGUCUCUACUGCGUGGGAAGUGAUCUGAUUUUCUGCAAAGUUCAAGGCUUCGAAUGUGAGAAGCGCGUCGUCCAGAACUUCAUGAAAGUUGCGCAAAUGUGCUACCAGCCGACUAUCUAUCACAAUCACCUCCACGGAGCGCAGGUCGCCCACAACACAGUCUGGCUCGCCAGGAAGUUGGAGCUGGCCAGCAGCCUCACGGCGCCGGACCUCGUCGCUCUGAUCGUCGCUGCUCUCUGCCAUGACAUUGGUCACCAAGGCAAGAAUAACGCGUUCUACAUCGCAAGUCGGUCUCCCCUGGGAAUCAUCUACAACGACAUUUCGGUCCUCGAAAACUUCCAUGCCAGCCUCACUUUCAAGAUCCUCGCCAGGCAAGUCGCUGCUCGUGUUCUCCCGCCUAAGCAGAUGCGCCCAGUCGGAUACCGGCUUAUAUUCGGAUAUCCGCGCUCACUGGAGCCGGAGGUGACGCGUUUGAGCAUAUGGAGUUGCCGCAUCAACGCAGGCGGAGCCAGCAGCGACACACUACUCCACCUGCGCGGGAAUUGCCUCUGGGAUGUUCCCAAUGAAUUUCAGAUUGUCCGAAACCGCAUGAUCGAUCUCAUUCUCGCGACCGACAUGAAGAUGCACUUCGAGACGCUCUCCAAGUUCCGUCUUCGUCGGAAUUCGCCGGAGUUCUGCCGAACGAACGACGACGACGUGUCGAUGCUGCUGCGAAUGUGCAUCAAAGGCGGCGAUGUCAGCCACGGCCUGCUCUCGUGGGAGAGCCAUGUCAGCUGGUCGUACCGCGCAGCCUCCGAGUUCUACGAACAGGGCGACAUCGAACUCGCGCAAGGCCGCACCAUCACGCCAAUGUUUGACCGGAGGAAACACGCCGACUUUCCCAAGGGCCAAGAAGGUUUUCUUCGCUUCAUCAUCAUUCCUCUCUACGAAGAAAUCGCUGCAGUCGACACAACUGACGAGAUUCAAGGGCGUUGCCUCCAGAACGCGUUCGCAAACAGCGAGCGCUGGCGGCAGCUCCAGAACGCGCCUGAGGAGUUUGAGGCGAUCGACGCGAAACACCAGGCGAUCAUUUGCGUGCUGAAAGACCGGCUCGAGUGGCGCGUGCAGAAGAACAUCGCGCCGACCCAGCGCCUGCUGCGCGCAGCCUGCGCAGAGAACCCAGUGCGUGCGGGCCCGGCCGCCUUCUACCCGACGCCCGAGGCGGCCCAUGCGCCCGUCGACAAGUUCGCCCCUCGCGCUGUCGCUUCCGAGAAGAAGCGAGACAGCGUCGCGUCGACUGUCUCCCGCGACGCAGCCCGCGAAUCCAGUGCAGAUUCGCCAGGCGCUGUCGAGCCCAGAGAAGAGCGUCAGGGAGACACAUGGCAAGGCGCUUCCAGGGGGGAAGGCGGCGAGGGCCCUCGCGAAGGCGCUACGCCGCUGGACCGGAAGCCGGUCGCCACGCAGGGCGGCGUCGAGUACGCGCCGAAGAGCUCCGAAGACCGCACAAGCCGAGAGGCGGCGCGAGGAGACGAGGCCCCAGAUUCCGAAGGCAGAGUGGGCGGUGGGGGCCCAGGGGAGCGAGGGACGCAGCAGAAAUCCCCGUUCGACCUGUUGGAUGUCGAAUCCCGGGUCGCCAUCUGA